AUGGUUGGUUCGGCAACGACUACCACGCCAGCAGCAGAAGCGAACAGCGCUGAGCAUCAAAAUGAAGAAUUUGAUCCCAGGGAAGUGUGCAUAGUGGGAGCAGCGCGCACGCCCAUGGGAAGCUUCAUGGGAUCGCUCUCCUCCCUCUCCGCCACCCAACUCGGCGCCAUCGCCAUCAGAGAGGCUGUGGGGAGGUCGGGUCUGGGGCCGGCGGAUGUGGAGGAGGUGUAUAUGGGCAACGUGCUGAGUGCGGAUCUGGGGCAGGCCCCAGCCAGGCAGGCGGCACUUGGGGCAGGCCUGCCUGACUCCGUUGUGGCAACCACCGUCAACAAAGUCUGUGCCUCCGGCAUGAAAG